AGUGUGGGAGCGACCCCGGGCUGGAAGCUGAGCCGGCCCCGUCGGACACGAGGACCCCCCGGACCCCCGGACCCCCGGACCUCGGACGCUGCCGGCCGGGACCCGAGCGACCAGCGACCGCGGGCUUCCAGGAAGAGUCUACUCCCCCUGAUGCUGACCAUCUAAGGAUUCCAUGCUGUCCGGCCAGCGUCUACCGAUGUCCAGCAGUUCUUACCAUCUAAGGAUCCCAUGCUGUCCAGCCUGUGUCCAUCAAUGUUGACCAUCUAAGGAUACCAUGGUGUCUGGCUAGUGUCCACCAAUAGUGACCAUCUAAGGAUCCCAAGCUGUCCAGCCAGCGUCCACCAAUGCUGACCAUCUAAAAAUCCUAUGCUGCUCAGCCAGCAUCCACCAAUGUUGACAUCUAAGGAUCCCGUACUGUCCAGCCAGUGUCCACCAAAGCUGAUCAUCUAAGGAUCUUAUGCUGUUCAGCCAGCGUCUACCAAUGUUGGCUGUCAAGGAUCCUAUGCUGUCCAGCCGAUGUCCAUCGAUGGUGGCUGUCUGAGAGUACCAGCUCUACGGCAGAGGCACCGUGCCCGGAGCCCCUAGUUGCCGUCCUCCCCCGAAGGCCCGAGCCAGCCAUGAGGCUCCUCCUGCUCCAGGCCUGGACCACGCUGCUCGCCGUCCCCCGGCUCUGGGCCGCCAGCUUUCCUGAAGAUGAGGAACCCAUCAACGCCGUGGACUCUCUCUACACCCAGCAGUACCCAGUGUUCAGGGGACGCCCUUCUGGCAACGAAUCUCAGCACCGGCUGGACUUUCAGCUGAUGGUGAAGAUCCGAGAUACUCUGUUCAUCGCAGGCCGGGAUCAAGUUUACACUGUGAACCUGAAUGAAGAGCCCAAAGCUGACAUCAUUCCACACAAGAAGCUGGUGUGGCGGUCGAGGCAGCAGGACCGAGAGAACUGUGCCAUGAAGGGAAAGCACAGGGAUGAAUGCCACAACUUCAUUAAGGUGUUUGUCCCGAGGAACGACGAGAUGGUCUUUGUCUGCGGCACGAAUGCCUUCAACCCCAUGUGCCGAUACUACCGGCUGAACACCCUGGAGUACGAUGGGGAAGAAAUCAGUGGCUUGGCACGGUGUCCAUUCGACGCCAGGCAGACCAAUGUGGCUCUCUUUGCAGAUGGGAAACUCUACUCUGCCACUGUGGCCGACUUCCUGGCCAGCGAUGCCGUGAUCUAUCGGAGCCUGGGUGAUGGCUCAGCUCUGCGGACCAUCAAAUACGACUCCAAGUGGAUCAAAGAGCCGCACUUCCUGCAUGCCACCGAGUACGGGAACUUUGUCUACUUCUUCUUCCGUGAAAUCGCCGUGGAGCACAACAGCCUGGGCAAGGCGGUCUACUCCCGCGUCGCCCGAAUCUGCAAAAAUGAUGUAGGGGGCUCCCAGCGCGUCCUAGAGAAGCACUGGACCUCUUUCCUGAAAGCCCGGCUCAACUGCUCCGUCCCUGGUGACUCCUUCUUCUACUUCGACGUUCUGCAGGCUGUCACAGACAUCCUGUCUGUCGGUGGGGUCCCCACCGUGCUGGGGGUCUUCACCACGCAGCUCAACAGCAUCCCCGGCUCGGCCGUCUGCGCCUUCAGCAUGGAUGACAUUGAGAAGGUGUUCGAGGGCAGGUUCAAGGAGCAAAAAAGCCCGGACUCCGUCUGGACCGCCGUGCCGGAAGAGCGGGUCCCGAGCCCGAGGCCAGGCUGCUGUGCGAGGCACGGUCUCGCUGAGGCCUACAGAACAUCCAUCGACUUCCCCGACGAAACCUUGUCUUUCAUCAAGUCUCACCCGCUGAUGGACUUGGCUGUCCCCUCCCUCGCUGAGGAGCCAUGGUUCACCAAGACCCGCGUCAGGUACCGCCUGACAGCCAUCGCGGUGGAUGCGGCAGCCGGGCCCUACCGGAACCACACGGUGAUGUUCGUGGGUUCCGAGGCGGGGGUGCUGCUCAAGGUGCUGGCCGAGACCCGGCCGCCGUCUCUGAAUGGCAGCGUGCUUCUGGAGGAGAUUGAUGCCUACCACCAGGCCAAGUGCAGCCGGGAGAGUGAUGAGGACCGGAAGAUAAUCGCACUGCAGCUGGACCCAGAGCACCAUGCCGUGUUUGUGGCCUACACCGGCUGCGUCGUCCGCGUCCCCCUGAGCCGCUGUGAGCGCUUUGGCUCCUGCAAGAAAUCUUGCAUCGCAUCGCGGGACCCGUACUGCGGCUGGCUGAGCACAGGAGUGUGUGGGCGGGCGGCGGCGGGGACGCUCGCCGGAGGCUUUGAGCAGGACACCGAGUCCGGGCACACGGCACACCUCGGGGAAUGCCACGACAUUUUGCCUCCUCCAACCACACCAGAUUACAAAACAUCUGGCGGGCCAACAUCUGACGUGACGCCCUCCUCGCCCUCCACUCCGGCUAGGGGGACUUCCCCCGCCCCGGCCCCGCGGGGGGCUGGACGCUGGAGACCCAGGCUGACCAGCUCUCGGAAGCUUGUAGUGCACGCCGACCCCAAUCCCCCCGAUUUUACCGGACCCCUAGCAGGGGUCCCCAAGGGUGUCCGGUGGGACGUGCAGGCGUCCGAGUCCAGCCAGAUGGUGCACAUGAACGUCUUGAUCACCUGCGUCUUCGCCGCCUUCGUGCUGGGCGCCUUCAUCGCCGGCGCCGCCGUCUACUGCUACCGCGACGCCCUGGCCCGGCGGGCCCGGAAGAUCCGCAAGGACGCCGAGUCGGCCCAGUCCUGCACGGACUCGGGCGGCAGCUUCGCCAAGCUCAGCGGCCUGUUCGACAGCCCCGUCCAGGAGUUCCAGCACCACGCCGGCUCCCCCAAACUCUACGCCACCCUGCUGACCGGCCGCAAGGAGGUCGCGCCGCCCCCCGCCGCCGGCGCCGACCCCCGCGCCCCGCCGCCCCCGCCCGAGCUGGCCGCGCUGCCCACGCCCGAGUCCACGCCGGUCCUCCAGCCGAAGCCGCCCCCGCAGGCCGGCCGGGGCCCGGCCGCCGGCCGCAAGGACGCGCCCCCGUUCCUCCCCGCCAGCCCCCCGCCGCACUCGCCCCUGGCCCCGGCCCACAUCCCCAGCGCCAUCGUGCUGCCCAACGCCACGCACGACUUCAACACGUCCUUCUCCAACUCCAACGCCUACCGGGCGGAGCGGGCGGCCCUGCAGGGCGCGGACCACCCUCUGGCCCCGCCGGCCGCCAGGCGGGACCCCCGCCGCGCCUCCGACUCCCGCCACGCCUUCCGCGAGCCCCGCAAACCGCAGCCGCCGCAGCGCGAGGGCGCGGCCGGGCCCGGGCCUCCCCCUCCGGCCCUGCUGGGGGACCUGGCGGGGGCCUCGGCCUCCCUGGUACUGGAGGCCAUGGGCGGCCUGGCCGAGCUGCCCCCCAAGGUGCCCCACCGCGAGGCCUCGCUCUAUUCGCCGCCGUCCACCCUGCCGCGGAACAGCCCGACCAAGCGGCUGGACGUGCCCACGGCGCCGGCCGCCGCCCUGACCUCCCUGGAGAGGCAGCGCGGCUACCCCCGGACCUCGGCCCAACGCCACUCCAUCUCCGCCCUGCCCAAGAGCCUGCCCUCCCCGAGCGGCGGGGCCGCUGCGGGACUCCUGUUCCGCCAGCCCUGUGGGCCCCGCGGCGGCGGCGGCGGCGGCGGCGGCUACCUGCCCCCCGGCGCCGGGCCCAAGACGGACUACGGCCCGGGGCCGCCGGUCAACGGGCACCUGCCGCCGGCCCUGUCCCGGCAGAGCGGCUACGCCGGCCCCGGCACCCUCCCCCGCAGCGGGGUGAAGAGGACCUCCUCCCUCAAACCGGACGUGCCGCCCAAGCCCGCCUUCGCCCCGCAAACCCCCGCCGCCGUCCGGCCCCUGAACAAGUACAGCUACUAGGGCCGCCGUCCCGCUGGCCCGCUGGCCUCUUCUCCCUCCAGGCCGCCCGCUGGCCCCGGGACCCCCUGAAGGCGAGGGACCCGCUGGAGACGCAGACCACCCCCGUGGCCAAAGAUCCGCUCUCCGCCCGGGGCCGCGCCGCCCCCAGCCCCCCGGGCCGGGGCCGGG